AUGGACAACAAUCAUUUUUUUAACCGAGCAAAGCCAUAUUUGGCUGUAAUUUUCUUGCAGUUUGGCUAUGCCGGCACAGCUAUAAUAGCCAAGUCUGCUCUAAAUCAAGGAAUGAGCCAUUAUACCUUUGCGGUCUAUCGAAAUGCCAUUGCCACUGCUGUCUUUGCUCCUUUUGCUAUAAUCUUGGAAAGGAAGGUAAGGCCAAGAAUGACCACCUCCAUUUUCUUGAAGAUAAUGUUGAUCGGAUUGUUAGAGUAUAUACUCAAUCUCUAUCUUUCCUCUCAUGGAUCUCAGUAUAAGUAUAACUCUGUUUCUCUAACUAAGACCUUGCACAGGCCCGUUAUCGACCAGAAUCUGUACUAUACCGGGUUGAAGUAUACAACAGCAACUUUUGCAUCAGCAAUGGGCAACAUUCUUCCUGCCUUAACUUUUUUAAUGGCUUGGAUUCUAAGUGGAGCGAUGAUUAUGACACUGAUUGAAGGACCCUCGGUUAGAUUUCCAUGGACCAAACACAAAAUCCAUGAGCAAUCUACAAGUGCUACAAAUCAGCAAGAUUCGAUUAAGGGCGCCCUCAUGAUAAUGUCAGGAUGUUUCUGCUGGGCAUGUUUUUACAUCCUUCAAGGCAUUAUCAGUUCAGGGGUAAUGUAUUAUGUUUCAGGAACAAUAGUGAAGGAAAAGGGGCCAGUUUUUGUAACAGUCUUUAAUCCUCUAAGCAUGGUUAUCAUAGCAAUUAUGGGCUCCUUCAUUUUCGCAGAGCAGAUGGACUUGGGAAAGGUCCUUGGAGCAGUCACCAUAGUUGCUGGUCUAUACAUGGUCAUAUGGGGUAAGAGCAAGGAUCAAAGUGUAUCCAAGUCGGAGGAAAGCAUAUCUAAGUCAGAUGGUGAUUGGAUAACGCCGAUUGACCAACAAUUGAAUACAAGGACGAUGGUAAGAGGACUUCAUGUCAUGAGUCUGUUGAUGGUUCUGACGCAAUACCUCCCCAUGAAGCUGUUUGAGGGAAUUGUCCUUAAAAUGCUAACAACUUAUCUUUCUAAUGAGAAACAUGGAUCCAUAAUGGUUUCACGGAUAGCAAACUAG